UGAGUGGGACCAUUCUACUAGUAGUAAAAUGGAGGGAGUAUUAGAAUGAGGAAAAUGGAGGGAAAAAUUAGGGCUCAAAGUUCUUGGGUUUAGUUCCUUUUUUAUCAAUCAUCAUGGCUUCCUCUGAACAAGUGUUUUCCGAAAUUAAACUUGCAGAAUCCCAAAUUCAUCAAAUUAACAGUAGUUUUCUUGCUCUUCAAUCACAAUUUUCACAACAAUGGAGAACCCUACAAAAUUCCUUGGGAAAAAUCCAAUCUUUACUCAAAAAUCGUUACAAAGAACUCGAAUCAAAAGAAGAACACCUCAAUUCAAUCCAGAAAUCCAUUGAAAAUCGACAAAAAGAAGUCGAAUUGAAAGAAAAGCAGUUCAAUUUCACUGGAAACUUCGUCUGCGAUCGAUGCAAAACCCUAGGAGUGAAGGUAAGUGAAACGGGUAAUGUAGUUGUUAAAAUUGAACCUUCAAUUGAAUUUAGGGGUGAAUUUAGUACUGAAGAUGCUAGUAUUAAGCUUUUUGUUACAAUGGAUGGAAAAACCCUACAAAUGUUUUUGAAUGAUAGGGUUGAUGAACAUGAAAUUAUGGGUGAUGAGGUUAAGAGUGCAAUUAAAUUAUCUAGUGAUCCUUCAAAACUUGUGUUAGAUGCAAUGGAAGGGUUUUUCCCACCCCAUUUGAAGAAGGGUAAGUUGGAGUAUGAUGGGAUUGUUGUUAGGAGUAGUUGUGUACUUUUGUUGGAGCAGUUGAUGGAAUUGAAGCCUGAAAUUAAAAAGGCGGUGAGAGAGGAGGCAAGGGCGUUGGCACGCGUGUGGAGGAAGAAAAUGAGGGCGGAGAGCGGGAGUUAUAAGGUGGUUUUGGGGUUUUUGCUUUUGGUUGAGGUUUAUUGGUUGUGGUGGGAUUUCGACAAGGAUGAUCUCGGGAGUCUGUGUGAGGUUGUUCGGCCGCACAGGGUUGUGGAUGAAUUAGAUUCGAGACUUUGUAUCCUUCAAAAGUGUCAUGUGAGCAACAGGGCAUCACAAGCUCAGAAAAAAGAGACGUGUACUCCACCUGUAAAGAAUGCAUUUGUUUCACCUUCCAUGGACUCUUCUGUUGAUCUUUCCGCUUUGUGCAAGGAGAUGGAUGGAAAAAUUCUACAAAUGUUCUUGAACGGUAGGAUUAAUGAGCAAAAUUGUAUGAGUGCAGAGGUUCAGAGUGCGCUUCAGUUAUCAAGUGAUCCUGCAAAAUUGGUACUAGAUGCCAUGGAAGGGUUUUUCCGGGCACAUUUGAAGAAGGAUGGUAUGGAGUAUGAAGAUAUUGUUGUUAGGAGUAGUUGUGUACUCUUGUUGGAACAGUUAAUGGAACUGAUGCCUGAAAUCAAGACGGCGGUGAGAGAGGAGGCAAGGGUGUUGGCCUGUGUAUGGAGGGAGAAAUUGAGAGCAGAGAGUGGGAAUUGCAUGGUGGUAAUGGGAUUCUUGCUUUUGGUAGCUGCAUAUUGGCUGUGGUGGGACUUCGACAAGGAGGAUCUCAGGAAUCUUUGUGAGGUUGUUGGCCAGCACAGAGUAGUGAAUAAACUGCAUUCUAAACUUGGUUUUCAGCAAAAGUAUGAAGUGAGCAAUGUAGCAUCACAAGCUCAGAAAAAUGAGCUAUAUACUCCCCCUAUGAAGAAUGCGUUUGUUUCACCAUCCACGGACCCUUCCAUUGAGCUUUGCACUUUGUGCAAGGGGAUGGAUGCAAAUGGGUUGAAGUCAUAUUUAGUCAAGCAUGUAAAGGAUCUAAAGUUAUUCCCUGAGAAAGUUAUGGAUUGUCUUCGAUGGGCUUCAGAUCCUGCAAAGCUUGUUUUUAAUGUAGUGCAAGAUUUCUAUCUAGAAAUGAAUGAAUUUCAGGGCAACACCAACAUUUCAUGUUGCAAUGUUUUGUUAGAGCAGCUGAUGCAACUCUCACCACAUAUUAAUUUUGUGCUUAAAGAAGAUAUUAUUAACUUUGCAGCUCGUUGGAAGGCUAGAUUAGCGAAGGAGAGUACCAAGCCCUUCUUUGUUUUUGGCUUUUUAAAGUUCUUAGCUGCCUACAAAUUGUCGAGUUCCUUUCAAACAGAUGAAAUCCUUGCAACAUUCUAUGAUAAAGAUGAUAUUUAUGAAUUUGAACAAAUUCCUAGUUUAUGUCGUGCUUUGAGUUUGGAAGCAAAGAUUCCAGAUUUUAUCAGAUCUCUUAUUAAGGAGAAUAAGUGGCUUGAGGCUGUUCGCUUUAUAUGUGCAUUUAAUCUGGCUGAUAAAUUCCCUCCGGACCCUCUACUGAAAGCAUACUUGGAUUACACAUAUGAAGCUGCAUUGAAGACCUGCCAGAACUCCAAUAAUUCAGUUAAGGCACAGAACAAGUGUGCAAACAAACAAAUACGUGCACUACAAAGUGUAAUCAGAUGCAUUUUCGAUUUCAAGUUGGAUUCUGAGUACUCACCCAUUGACCUUCAACAGCGCAUUCGGCAACUUGAGCUACAGAAGGAAGAAAGAAAAUCCUUAAACCUGGAAAAAGAUAAGGUUGAGAAAAAAAAGUUUACUGCAACAACUCCUCAUGUAGAUUCCAACAGCAUGAAGAAACGGGCAGCUUGCCCCACAACUGCCCAAACUCAGUUGCUACAAAGAUGUAGCCUAGAAAAGUGUCUUCGUACAGACAUUGUUCAGAAUUCCAUCUUUUCGAAUGUAUCUAUUCCUAUGGCUUCCAGCAUGAACACAUUGCAUCCACCUUCGCCAAAAUUCUCACAAUUUGGCUUGCAUGACACUAAUACUUCAAAAAUGCCCUACAGCAGUAUUAGGCCUACUGUAAAUCGUACUGGUUUGGACACUAAUUUCUCAGGUCAUGUCUCUGAUUAGCCACAUUUUGGUACUCCAUCUUCUGCCGAGUACAGUACAAAAGUAUUAUUCACUCUCCAUCCUAAAACCAUUCCCUGAUUCUGUUUAUUGUAGGAUAGUUGAAGUUUUUUGCUUAAAUUAUCUCAAGUCCCCCAAUUUGUAAAUAUUAUCCUUUUGGGUAUUUUAGGAUAUUUUGCUGAAGUUGGUAUCUUUUUGAAGUAAUUAGAUGGUUUUUGCUCAAGCUGUACAUUUGUAAAGGGUAACACCCACCUUGGUGUUCAUUUUGGUACAGGGCUGUUUAUAAUCCCAGAUAGAAAUAUAUUUCUCAUCAAGUUCUUGCCAAAUCGCUUUU